AUGUCGCGCCAAGUCGACUUGAAUAUUAAUAAACUGUUAGAAGGUUUAGGCCUUGAGGGCGAAGAGAACGACUUUUGCGACUUUACCAUAGCUGAUCAAAAUUCUGUUGCUGAAUCUCAAGGUAUAACUCCGACGACUCCAUCAAAUUUUAAACCCAUUCUCGGAGGCAAUGUUACUUACGUUGUCGCCUGCGUUAUAUUAAAUGAGAAAAACGAGAUUUUGAUGAUGCAAGAGGCUAAAGAAACCUGCGCAGGUAAGUGGUAUCUACCUGCAGGACGUAUGGAAAAAGAUGAAACAAUAAUACAAGCUGCAGCUAGAGAAGUAUUGGAAGAGACUGGGCUCCACUGCAAACCGGAAACUCUGCUUGUAGUAGAAACUGCUGGUGGUACUUGGUACAGGUUUGUUUUGACAGGAAAAGUAGUUGGAGGGGAACUAAAAACUCCUGCCAGAGCAGAUAAGGAAUCUCUACAGGCUAAAUGGAUUACAAAUCUUGAUGAGAUAACAUUGCGAGCAAAUGAUGUUUUGCAUUUAAUUGAAAGAGCUAAAAUGUAUAAAGAUAGUUUGCCUGGUGAGUCCUGGCAUAAAAAUAUUUUACCUGCCCCAAUACCACACACAAAAGAUUUGUUGAGACUUAUUGUCCUAAUAAAAAAACGAAGUACAAAUAGAAUGCAUGUGUUAUUGAGCGAGAAAAGUGCCUUACACUUUCCUACAUGCGAGGUAAAUCCAGCAAAAAGUGUUCAUUCUACAUUACGUAGGUUUAUGGUUGAAAUGUUUGGUGCAGAUGUAGCGCAACAUAGACCUCUAGGUCUUUUCAAUGUAGAGGCUGACCCAUCAGCACAUGGUUGUUGUUUAACCUUGUUAGUUGUAUUCCGACCACCACUUGAGGAAGUACCUUUAAUUGGAAAAUGUGCAUGGCAUGAAUUGAGUCAAGAAAUGGAGAAAAAUCUUUCGCCAUUUGUUUCAAAGAAAAAUUCUACAAUAGAAUUACAUGUUGUACGCUAA